AUGGAUCUGUACAUCUGGAUUCAUCGUUAUACAGACGGACGUCAGGAAGAUUGGAAAAUACCGAACACUCGCUUGGCACCCAAUCCACGAAGGACUCUUCGUUUCUAUUGGAUGGUUGACGGAGAGAAAGAGAUUGGGCUACUGGAACACGCCCACGAUCAAGCAAUUUGGUCGAUGAAAUGGCAUCCACUCGGACAUAUUCUAGCUACAGGAUCCAACGAUAACAACACGAAAUUCUGGGCUCGAAAUCGUCCCGGUGACACUGUCGAAGACAUUUUCGGACUGUCGAGCCACACCACAAUGAUUGGUCAUUUGGAUAAGGAAAGAGAGCCUCGAAUGGCUCCGUUGAAAUCGAAUCAGGAGACUCAAGAGGUCUAUCGAUCGGACACUUUUAUUCCAGGAAUGGGUCUCGAUGAGAAUCUUUACGAACAGUUGAAUAAGGACGGAAAUCUGAUGACUACUGAUACGACACUUUUGGUACCAGAUGAUAUGUCACGCCAGAAUUUGGCACCGAUGAUUGGAGCGAAACGGACGUUGAUCAAGCAGCCACCGGCGAAAAAAGCGCAACGUCAAUUCGAGCGGAUGUGGAAUAAUUCGAAGGGAAUCGGCGCGGGAACCGACGAUUUCGCUGCGAUGAUCGGUGGAAUGGGACGGGAGGAUGCGGAGAGUUCGUCAGGAGGUGGUGGAGGAAUGAUGAGGAGCACGAUGCCGAAUGUGACACUGACAAUCCAGCCGUCGACAUCAUCGAUGACGUCAUCACAGCCACGAAUGAUGAAUUCUCAUCAUAGAUUUCAACGAAACUGCGAGGAUCUCCAAUCACUAUACGCCGCAAGGAGCCAAGGAAAUGUAGAGGGUUCGGAGGAAAUCGAUACGAUGAGUGUUGCGACUCAGACGGAUCCAGAAGGACCUGAAGCAGAGACUCAACAAGAUCUCCGUCUGGAAGGAGCCCAACAGACUCAACAAGAUCUCCGUCUGGAAGGAGGCCAACUGGCUCAAGAAGAUCUCCGCCUGGAAGGAGGCCAACUGACUCAACAAGAUCUCCGUCUGGAAGGAGGCCAACUGGCUCAAGAAGAUCUCCGCCUGGAAGGAGGCCAACUGACUCAACAAGAUCUCCGUCUGGAAGGAGGCCAACAGACUCAACAAGGCAGUCGGAAUGAAUUGAUUCUCGCGACAUGCUCAGCGUUCAUCGGUGCUGUUGCCGGCAUAUUUCUCUACAGUAUCAUCAAGGUCAAGUUCACAAAAUAG